AUGACAUCCAUGUAUGAAGCUGAGGCAAAGAAAGGCGAAAUCUAUGAGCUUAAAGCCGAAUUGAACAGUGAUAAACGUGAUCGAAAAAAAGAGGCAGUUAAAAAAGUCAUAGCGAGUAUGACAGUUGGAAAGGAUGUUAGUCAAUUAUUUCCGGAUGUUGUUAAUUGUAUGCAAACAGAUAAUUUAGAAUUGAAGAAAUUGGUGUAUUUAUAUUUAAUGAAUUAUGCGAAAACUCAGCCAGAUAUGGCUAUUUUGGCUGUUAAUACUUUUGCAAAGGAUUGCAAUGAUCCAAAUCCGUUAAUACGUGCUUUAGCUGUUCGCACCAUGGGUUGUAUACGUGUUGAUAAAAUUACCGAGCAUUUAUGCGAACCAUUACGAAAAUGUUUAAAAGAUGAAGAUCCGUAUGUUCGUAAAACAGCUGCAGUUUGUGUAGCAAAACUGCAUGAUAUUAAUCAACAACUAGUCGAUGAUCAAGGUUUUCUUGAUAUGCUUCGCGAUCUUAUCUCUGAUUCAAAUCCAAUGGUUGUUGCAAAUGCUGUGGCUGCAUUAAGUGAAAUAGCUGAAUCAUCACCACAAACCAAAGUAUUUGAUUUAAAUAGUCCGACAAUAAAUAAGUUAUUAACAGCUUUGAAUGAAUGUACUGAAUGGGGUCAGGUAUUUAUUCUGGAUGCCAUUGCAAAUUAUUCACCAAAAGAUGAAAAAGAAGCACAAAGUAUAUGUGAACGAGUGACGCCUCGAUUAGCACACGCAAAUGCGGCGGUUGUUCUAUCCGCUGUCAAAGUUUUGAUGAAAUUUCUUGAAUUAGUUGAUCAACAUAGCGAAUUUGUACAAAAUAUGCAUCGUAAAUUAGCACCACCUCUCGUCACAUUAUUGUCAGCUGAGCCAGAAAUACAAUAUGUAGCAUUGAGAAAUAUUAAUUUAAUUGUUCAAAAACGUGCCGAUAUAUUGAAAAAUGAAAUGAAAGUAUUUUUUGUCAAAUAUAAUGAUCCAAUUUAUGUUAAAUUAGAGAAAUUAGAUAUAAUGAUACGUUUGACAAAUGCGUCAAAUAUAACACAAGUAUUGGCCGAAUUAAAAGAAUAUGCAACUGAAGUUGAUGUUGAUUUUGUAAGAAAAUCUGUUCGUGCUAUUGGACGAUGUGCGAUUAAAGUUGAACAAGCGGCUGAACGGUGUGUUAGUACAUUAAUUGAUCUUAUACAAACAAAAGUCAAUUAUGUUGUACAAGAAGCUAUUGUUGUUAUUAAAGAUAUAUUUCGUAAAUAUCCAAACAAAUAUGAAAGUAUCAUUGCAACAUUGUGCGAAAAUCUUGAUUCAUUGGAUGAACCCGAAGCGCGUGCUUCGAUGAUAUGGAUUAUUGGUGAAUAUGCUGAACGUAUUGAUAAUGCUGAUGAAUUAUUAGAAAGUUUUCUUGAUGGAUUCAAAGAUGAAAAUAGUCAAGUACAGUUACAAUUAUUGACAGCUAUAGUCAAAUUAUUUUUGAAAAAACCGAGUGAAACACCACAGGAGUUAGUUACACGGGUUUUAACAUUGGUUACUCAGGAAUCAGAUAAUCCUGAUUUACGUGAUCGUGGUUAUAUUUAUUGGCGUUUAUUAUCUACAGAUCCAAAAGCAGCUAAAGAAGUUGUUUUAGCUGAAAAACCUUUAAUAUCAGAAGAAACAGAUUUACUUGAACCAACAUUAUUAGAUGAAUUAAUUUGUCAUAUUGGAACAUUGGCAUCUGUCUAUCAUAAACCUCCAAAUGCAUUUGUUGAAGGACGUCAUAUACAGAAAAAAAAUUUACCAUUAAGAUCGGCAGAUGCCAGUUACAUGGGUUCAGCUGGUGGUGUAGGUGAUGAUGAAGAGAAUGAUAUAAUGUCACCAAAAUCAUCGCAACAACAAACAACAGUGAUAACAAAUAAUGUAGGUUCACUCAUCGAUGAUUUUGAUAUAUUAGGACCGAUUCCAACAACAAAUUCAACAGCUCAGUCAAGUCAUUAUAAUCCUUCGAUUCCGCAACGUGCACCAUCUGCCGUACCAAAUUUACUUGAUGAUGAAUUAUCCUCAAUAUUAGGAGAUUCACUCGGAGGUGCGCAGACGCCUCAACCAACAACACAGAUAAUAAGUCCAGCCAUGGGUAAUAAAUCAAAUACAACAACUGAAUUACUUGAUCAAUUAUUUGGCGAUUUACAACUUGGUGGAGGUGUAGGAGGAUUAUCUUAUUCGAACACGCCUGCUUUCUCAACACCAAAAGAAGUUUGGCUAAGUGCUCAAAAAGGAAAAGGUUUAGAAGUUUCUGGUACAUUUUCUCGUCGUUCUGGUCAAAUCAUAAUGGAUAUGGAUUUUAAUAAUAAAGCAUUACAACCUAUGAGUGACUUUGCUCUACAAUUAAAUCGAAAUAGUUUUGGUUUAACACCAGCGACUCCUCUUCAAAUGGCCUCACCAUUAUUUCCUAAUCAAUCGUCAUCUACUCAAUUACAAUUAAAUACGAAUGGUCAAAUAUUAAAAAUGGAUCCGUUAACAAAUUUACAAGUAGCAAUUAAAAAUAACAUUGAUGUAUUCUAUUUUGCUUGUACUGUGCCCAUUAACGUAUAUUUUGUUGAUGAUGGUGAAAUGGAUAAAAUGCAAUUUGUACAAACAUGGCAAGAUAUUCCAGAAAAUAAUGAAAUUAAACAUCAAAUACAAAAUACACACGGAUUAUCAAUUGAUGAUAUUCAAAAUAAAUUGAGAUUAAAUAAUAUACAUACCAUUACGCGAACAAUAAUUGAACAAAAAGAAAUGUUAUAUCAAACAAUGAAAUUAACAAAUGGUAUAUGGAUAUUAGCUGAAUUGAAAAUAACACCGGGAAAUAAAACAAUAGCUUUAUCACUCAAAACAAAAGUGACAGAUGUUGCUAAUCCUGUUCGUCAAGCAUUUGACCAUCAGUCGAACUUUUGUCGUGCACAAAAAUUAUGCAACAAACAUCAUUUUUCUGAUGCACACGAAGCAAUUCGUUGUGUACGUUAUAAUAUCGAUGGAAAUUAUUGUUUAACAUCAGAAAAUGAUCGUACUAUCAAACUAUGGAAACCGGAUAGUAGUUUGAGUAUAAAAACAUAUACUGGACAUAGUCAACACAUUUUCGAUGUACAAAGCUCAUUUGAUAAUUCACGAAUAUGUUCUGGUGGAAUGGAUAAACGUGUCUUGUACAUAGGUGUUGUUAGUGGAAAAAGUAUGAAAACAUUUCAUGCAGGACGUGUUCAUGUGGUAAAAUUUAAUAAAGAAGCCACUGUUGUCGUAUUAGGAUCGAUUGAUGGCACUGUUAAAUUAUGA